UAAAUUUCCUUUAAAAGCCCAACUCUCAAUUCUCUUUAGACAUCCACGCCGCCAAACAAAGCCUCCACCUCUCCUCCUCCUCCUCCUCUUCCUCUUCCUUUGCUGUUCCUAAAAUUUCGUUCUCUCUUAGCUGCCUGACCGUCCUAUUUUUCCCUCUCUCGUGACUCGUUCAUCAGGAAAAACUUGUUUGAGUGAGCAUCAAUGGAUCCACAACCUGAACCUGUUACCUAUAUCUGUGGAGACUGUGGGCAAGAGAACACAUUGAAGCAUGGAGAUGUGAUACAAUGCCGGGAAUGUGGUUAUCGCAUUCUUUACAAGAAGCGAACCCGAAGAAUUGUUCAGUACGAAGCUCGCUGAAAGUGGUGUUUGGAGAAGGGGAGGGUAUGAGCAAACAAUCUCUUAGUCAGUAGUUAUGUGUUUUGUAUAUGGUUGAUUAUAUCAAGUGUGGAUAGUGAGGAUUUGAACACUAAGUUCUGUCCAUGGAUGCUUUGCCUAGCAACCUAAGUGAUGUCUAUUGAUUUAGAACAUCAAAAACAAGUUCAUACUUUUAAAGAACUGUCUAUGUUAUGUUUCUUAUUGUGACUGCUUUUAAGUGAUUUCUGGUUAAAUGGUGAACUUUUAAAUCUUUGUUUAUA